AUGAAAAAAUUGAAGAAUUAUGUCCGUAACAAUGCACGUCCAGAGGGCUCAAUAGCAGAAGGAUAUGUGGUUGAUGAGGCAUUAACAUUUUGCUCCAUGUACUUGAAAGGUGUUGAGACAAAGUUCAAUCGUCCAGACCGAAAUGUAGAUGUUGGUCCAUCACUUAAAAAGAUGUCGGUCUUUCGAUCUCAGGGUCGUCCAAUUGGUAAGAAAUCAUUGACAAUUUUGGAAGAUGAAGUGAAGAAAAUAGCAGAUUGGUAUAUUCUAAACAACUGCAAUGAGAUCUUGCCAUAUCUUCGAGAGCAUAGGGAAAUUUUACAGACUAGAGGUGUUGAAAACCUAGACCAAUUACAUAGAGAGGAAUUUCCUAAUUGGUUUUAUAAUAAGAUUUAUCAUCUUCGACAAAGAGGAUCCUUGGAAGUAGAUGAAGAAUUAAUCUCUUUAGCAAACGGUUCUUCAACUCGUGUUGCGUCUUACCCUGGCCGCGAAGCCCCUUCUCCUUCCUCUCUAGUUUCUCUCGGUUUUCUCCGAGCCGUCCGCCUCCCUCCGCCAUUUUCCUCCCAAAAAGCUCGGUUUUAA